AGCAUCUGACAGAUCGUUCACUUCCGGUUUAUAUUGACGUUUGAAAGGAAUGGCGCUCAACAUUUGAGUGGGUGAACUGAUUAUUUUGCGAAGAAAUGGAGAAAGAAGAUCACAGGAUCAAGCUGUCGUCGAAAAAACAAGCAUGCGAGCAACUGAGGAAGUAUCGUGAACUCUUGAAUAAAGUAUUAGAUGGACAGACGUGCAUUUCUGAGGAGGCUAAGCAGCUAUUACUGGAGGAAUUGAUGCGGAAUUUUGAGGCUGGGGUGAAAGAUAACAUUCUGAUUAAUGGCGAAACAUGGGAUGAGGCACCCGAUGAGGACGAAGAUGAUGAUUGUAAGAAGUUGGACGACAUGCUGGAUGAAAACAUCCUGGAAACCUCCCUGAGACGCAGCCGGUACCCUAAACAAAUUCUCCCUUACGUCGUCCGUGCGCUGAAAGCAGAACGAGAAACUAUGGGUUUGUAUGAACAAGCAAUAAAGCCGGUAAAGAUAAUAAAGGAUCCCAUUCAAGGGAGCACUGUGAGCAGUUUGUCAGAGGCUGUGCCCAAGACGGUCAGGCAGGCUGCUGCCGUGAUGAAGUCCCUUCAAACUGUCCAGCAGCACGCAGAGGGUCUCCGCCAGGUAAUGGCUACGCAGACUACUGCUCAGACCUUGGAGCUUCACCAGGAGGUGUUCGGCAAGCUCCCAGGGGUUGAGCAGUCACGUGACGGCAGAAAACGACCCCUCAAGAGGAGCGCGGUUGAGAUGGAGAUGAACAGCAUCUACGUUCUGAACCCAAAGAGAGAAAAUACAAGUGAAGAUCCACAAUGAACCCUUCACCACGGGGCUGCUUGUAAUGUUACUUAUUACCUGUUGCUUUAUCAGAAAAAAUGCCCCAUGCCCUUUGUAAUGAGUAUGAAAUUAAGGCAAGGUUGGCCCAAAUGAGGAAGAAACCACAUAAGCAAAUUGUGAAGCUCGACAAGUCUUUCAAAUUGCUGUGAUGGUAUUGGGUUAAAUAACUUUGUGGGUGUACGGUUGCAUUCUUUAAAAAUGACAAAAAAUCACGUCUUUAUUUGGAUCAGAUUUAAGGGGGAAAAAAACUGGUUCUGAGCACAAAGUUUUAGGUCCAGACGAGACGCAAGCAGACUGACGUCAUCAAGUUCUUUGCGUAAGCUGUCAUUAAAUAGUUCGCCAGGCAUAUUUGGAAAGUAUUUAAUUAUGCUACUUUAAUGUUUAACCUGUGUUGCCAUUUAAGACAUUUCUCAUCACAUGCAUAGAAGAGAUCACAUGAACUUCUCGCCCUAAUGUCUUGUAUAAGGUUUUUUUUUAUUAAAAAAAAAAAAAAAUUACAAA